GCCAAUGGGUCCAUCUUCGUCGUCUGUCUAGCCUACCGGCUGGUUGGCAGGAGUUUUAUAGCGAAAAGUAUGCCCGACCGUACUACUGGCAUCAAGCGACUAGCACAUCACAGUGGCAUCCGCCCGAGGUCGUGCAGGUCGACAGCGAGAAAUCGGAGCACAGCCUUGAAAGCACCGCGAAGGGGCAAGGGCGAGCUUCCGAAAAUGUAACACAGAAGCCUGGAACGGUGCCCGACAGCCAGUGGAAGGUGGUGUGGAGUGAAGAGUACGGCAGGAAUUAUUAUUGGCAUGUGCCCUCUGGCCGGACCACGUGGGAGCGGCCAUCUGACAUGCCGAUCGAUGCAGAAGCACAAAGACUGAAGCACGUCAUGGCGGCGGGCCGGGACAUCCUGCACGGGGCAACAGUGGGAGAGGAGAUCCAGAGCAGUGACGAUCUACAGGUUGUCAAGGAGCUUUUGAACUACCAUCCCGAUGUGACGCGCAAGAUUGGUGGGGGGCUUCGGUCAAUCAAGGUAGAUUUCGCGCCACCACCGAAUCAACAGCAUCGCUGCUUUUGGGUAAUUCGGCUAGAUGGUUCCCAGGAAGACUUUUCCGCACGAAAAUGUCGUGAUGCAAUCCGUCGGGAGUUGCGCGCUGCUGGCCGCAGGGUGCCGGCGGAAUAG